AUGUCAGCUGUAGCUAGUCAUAUCAUCCCUCCCUACGCUGCAAACUUCCCAUCGUCCACAGCUCAACCCUCGUCUAUCUUUCCCUUUCCCGGGGUCACUCCUCAGUCCACCCGCACUGUCCGAAGGAUUUUAGAGGAGAAUGACAAGACGUAUGAUAUUUGGGAGAAGGCUAGAUUUGCACAUAACCAUUUCCCACAUUCCGCUCUCACCCGCUACGCUCUCGGAGCUCCGUCGAAGCUGUUGGAGGAGGUUUGGGAGCAUGACCGAAGUCAUCUAGUGUCACUUGACCCCUCCGGGAAAGAUAGACAUGAGAAUUUGAAGAAGGUGCCAGAGAAGAUUACAAGGGAGAACUGGGAUGACCCAAAAUACCUCGGUGUGAAAGCGUGUUAUUCUCGAUACUUAGUUUUUUUUCAUGAAGAGAUUGAUCGACUGGGUCCGAUUGGUGCUCUAGAAGAGUACAUUUUAUCGCCUCAAGCCAACUAUGCGAGCGCAAACGGUCAUGAGCCACCUUUGAUGCUAAUUCGCUUUGUGGGUGGACUUUUACACCCAAUGAUCCAUGCUGGUUUCGGAGUGGAGUUCAAAGACCGUGUGAUUCUGGCAGAAGGCCUGGCCCAAGCUACCAACCACGAUGCCUCACUCUAUGUGCCUCUCUACGGCAGCGACUGGCCAAAAGGUCCCAGGAAGGGUAGAUCGUUGCUGGACCUAUACGGCGAAAUGUGCGCUUCGUCGGUGAUCACACCGGUACCUUACGACCCCGAUAUGCUCUUCAAUGAUCGGGUCGGGGGUGCAUUGUCAGGAGGGCAUGCUAUCGCACUAAGGGAGCUGGUCGACCAGUGGAGUUUGACCGAUGAGGAGUUGUCUGACGAAACUGUAGGAUGGAGGGAGAAGGUAGAGGAGCUGGCUGUAUGGGCGACUUUGUUGGCUGGCGCGACUGGUAGGACCGGGAAGGAGCCGAGGGUUGAUUUCUUCCUGAUGCACGCCCUGACAUCUUCAAUCUUUCUUCCGGCUUAUCUGGAGAUUCUCUCCAUCUCCAACCGCCGUAUGCUGCUCAAAAGCUAUACACUCAUGCUUUUCGUUAUCGCUCUGGGAAGGGGUCGACCAAAGCUCAACCCAGGACUCGUGAUGUCGUAUGACCUUUUUCCCGUCGCCCCUGGGACAGAAGUGAAAGCUUCCAGGGAGACGGUGGGGGAUGCUUCGGAUAAGAACACGAGGAAUGCUUGGUUGACGUUGAUCGAGAGUAGUCUGUAUGCUAACGGUGAGUUGUCACUUUGUCGUGCCAUUUUAUAUGCAGUCCCCUUCUUCACUGAUUCUUCGGUUCACCCAGCAUGUGACGGGAUCUAA